UGUUUGCUAUUCGUUCGUGGUUCUUUUCUUCGACCGGAGCGGAGACCCGUGUCGUCGUCGCGCAGCCAGCAGCUCUUCCUGUGUGGAGUUCAGUCAGUCAGUCAGUGUAGUUCAGAUUGUUCAUCAUCCAAAUCCAAAACAUGGCGACAACCUGGAAGAAGUUUGAGUGCUAGGAGGAAGAAAAAAAAACGGUAUCGUGUGUGUUCUAUUGUUUGCGAGUCGCAUUCGGGGCGUUGUUGGAAAUCGGAAGACGGAUCGUUUUUCUCACCGUGGAACGGGUUACGAUUGCGCGACGGUUCUCUGAAAGAUUGGUGGGGCAGACCGCGAAUAGUCUGCUGUCGUCCGUCGCCUACUUCUAGUAUAUUGUAGGACGGAGUUUCGGAUUUUCGGGCUGCGACUCGGACGGGUUUCGAUUUUUCCUGCCUGCCUUGGUGAUAACUUUUUUUUUUUUGCUCGUUGAAAAAAGAAUACAAGAGUGCGAUUGCUGCCGCGGUGCGGAAUAAGGUGUGGAAGAAAACGAAGCAGAAAUUAUUCUUUGCGGGAUCUCCUGUGUCUGUCGCUUCUGGCACUGGAAGAGGUCAAUGAAGGAAGGGAGAAGGAAGCAGCAGCAGCAAAAAACGGCGACAAGUCGUCAUGUGUGAAAAAUUGCUCGAUUUUCGACCGCAGCCUUAAUUUCGAUAUAAUUGCUAGUCAGGUCAGGAUUGAGAGAGAGGGGGCCUCCCGGAAAAAAAAAAUCGGGAGUGUUUCUGAGGUCUGUAAGCUGGGAAAACAGCCAUCGAUGAUUUUUAACCGUGGGGGAGGUGUGUGUGAAGAAAAUUUAAUUCAGGCCUCUGUUUGUGCGAUUGUGAUGUAGUGCUAAACCGAUGAAAAUUUAUUAGUGUUGCGUGCUCCCCUGGGAAAGAAGCAGGAAGUGAAUUUGAAGAAGCUAGAAGAAGAAAAAGUGGUGAGCCCUUUUGAAGAGUGGGUGUGCUGACAGAUGGAAAAAUAAGCCCAUCAAACCGGAACCAUCACCGUUGUGUCUAGAGUGCAGUGUUGAAAUAUUUCCGGAGAAUCCUCCCAUCGUCAUCGCCGUGUCCCGAACUCUCUCAUCCUCCUUCCAACUCGUCGAGAUUUAGCUCGAGAAAAUCGCAAAAAAAACGUAUCUUCCAUUUUUCCAUCAUCAUCCAGAGACCAACAGCAGCAGCAGCGCAAGCAGAACCAGCACCAACACAAUCUCACCAUCUUCCAGCCGUAGCAAGCGGCCAGAAGGGAAAAUUGCAUCGUCUGUACAUUAUCUUCUUUGCUCCGUUCCGUUCGUUUCGUGCUAAGCUAACAACGCCUGUUGUAGAGAGAGUACACCAAUAUUAUACCGCACACUAUCGAGGGCAUAACAUUUACACAAAGGGAUUGUAGUACUCGUCGAUUCAACAACCAUUCGAACCAAAAAGGAGCAAAAAUCCUCCCUCAACUGAACAACGGUGGCAAAAUCCGGCCUCCGCCCUGAGAAGCACUCUCACAGUAGUCGUCGUCGUCGUUUGUCUCUCUUUCUGCAAAAACCUCCGUGGUCUCUCACAACAACGGUGACAACAACAACAACAACAUCCCUUUUUCAUGGAUUGCUAGGGAAGGGUCGGUCGACAACAAAAAACAACAACAAUCAACAGAGAGAGAGACUGGAAGAGAGCAACCAAGAAGAAGAAAGACGCAGCGCUGUCAAAAACUGCCACCAUUAAUACAUGAAAAAUUCGUUGUCCAACGAGUGAAGUUACUGUGAAACAAGAAGAAACUGCGACGUACAGCGCAGGAGAACGUAAAGAAAGAAGCAAAUAAUAAUAAAUUAAAGCGAAACGUAGAGAGUAACAAUAAACGCGGAUAGAAGACAGUGGUGAGCGGCAUAUACCGAGUACCUAGGGUAUAUUAUUUUGGAUACAACUAUUGUCGCCGCGUAGAAAGUGCUGGCUCAGCGGACGGAAGCAAUAACACUCGGAAACGGAGCUGGAAUUUUUUACCUUCCAUUUCUGUGAGAAACAAGAAAGUCAAGAUUGCUGCUAGAAUGAUGUGCGAGCAGAGCAUAAUCGGUGCCCGGGCAUCGGUGAUGGUCUACGACGAUGGCCAGAAGAAGUGGAUUCCCUCGGGCAGCUCGUCCGGCCUGAGCAAGGUGCAGAUCUUCCACCACCAGCAGAACAACACAUUCCGAGUGGUCGGUCGCAAGCUGCAGGACCACGAAGUCGUCAUCAACUGUUCGAUCAUCAAAGGCCUCAAAUACAACCAGGCAACCGCAACCUUUCACCAAUGGCGGGACUCGAAGUUUGUGUACGGUCUGAACUUUUCCAGCCAACAGGACGCGGAAGCGUUCGCCCGGGCCAUGAUGCACGCACUUGAGGUGUUAAGUGGCCGUAUUCCGAUGCCGACGAUGCAGACGAACCCGAAUCAGAAUCCACUGGCCUACGAGGAGGAUAUGGGCUAUCGCACAAUGACCCGUGAAGACGCGGCCAUAAUGCAGCAACAGCAGCAGCUGACCAGUCAACAACAGGUUCCACAACCUCCCGGAGUAGGAGGAGGAGUAGGUCCUCCGGGUUCGGUUGGAAUCCUGUCGCCACAGACACCGACAUCACAGGGUUUGCCCCCCGGUGGCGGGCAGCCAGGUGGUGCUGGUGGCGGCGUUAUUGGUAUCGGUGUUGUGCCCAUUGCCGCCCAGAUGAAUCAGGUUCCACCGCCUCUGCAACAACAGCCGCAGCAGCAGCAGCAGCAGCAGCAGCAACAACAACAACAACAGCAACAGCAGACUCAUCAUCGUACUAGCAGUGCGCCACAGCCGCCAGCUCUACCAUCACAGCAGCAGAAACCAAUCUAUGCAUCACAGCAAAGUAACUCCAGCACCAACAGUAUUACUUAUGGAAGCAACUCGCAGCCACAAUAUCAGCAGCCAAUUUACGUAGCAUCGAAUCAAAAUCAGAUGAUCAACCAGAUGGCCUCGCAAAUACCAGCGCCACCGAUGUCGAACGGAGCGGCGAUUUACGCCACGGCAACCUGUUCGCCCAACACUAGCAACAGCACGAAUCCGAUCUACGCUGGUCAGCAGAUUAUGCUUCCACCGGGUCAGCCCACCAACUAUGGACAAACGAAUGGCACCUAUAGCGGACAGCCACCGUACGGUAUACCACCGGUUCCACAAAUGCCAACACCGCAACCGUCACCACAGAUACAGCAGGUGAACGCCCCACCGCAAGCACCGCCACCACCGAUGCCACCGGCAUUCUCGCUAGCAGCGCCAUCCAACGUCCCACAGCCUCCUGCGCCACCUUUACCACCGGUCAGUGGCGGGGGCGGUGGUGGUGCGGCACCGCCUCCGCCACCACCGCCACCGGGUGCCGGCCUGCUGGGUGGGAAAGGAUCCGACGGUGGUAUCAACUCUCUGGCCCUGCAGCUGGCCACUGCCAAACUGAAGCGAAGUCAACCGCCCAAGUCGGCCCCGAUGCCGCCGGUUUCCACCGUGACGGAAAACAGCGGCAGUAGCACCUCUAGCGGAGGUAGUGGUAAUUAUGGAACUAUAGGACGAUCCUCCUCCGGAAUGGCCUCAAUGAUGGACGAGAUGGCAAAAACGUUAGCCCGACGGCGGGCACAAGCCGAAAAGAAGGAGCCGGACUCCAUCGAUGACGGGCAAUCGUCCACGUCGAACGGUCGCCAACGGGCGUGGGAAAAAUCCAGCACCCUACCGCACAAGCUGGGCGGCAGCAGCAGCAGCCAGAACAACGCCAACAACAACACCAGUCUGAGUGGUUCGGAAUCGCCGAAACCGUCGCGGAAGCGGUUCGGUAGUGCCAGCGAAGAAACGAUACUCAAGCAAAUCAACGGCGACAGCUUUUCGCUGCCUAGCGCGGUGGAGCUGGAGAACUUCAAGGAGGAAAUCCUCCGGGAGAUGCGAAGCGAGAUCGCGAAGGCGAAACAGGAAAUCAUCGAAGCUAUCAAAUCGGAAUUCAACCGGAGGUAAAAGACGUGCCUCGAGAAUUGGGAGAGCUGGAAGAAGGCUGGAUAGUGAAAUUAUUGUCCGGUAAUUCGGGGACGGACGACCGGGCGCGGGUGGGUAUUUAUUAGUAAGUGACGCGCGCUGAUUUACGCGGGGUGCCGGUUUUCCCCAAACGUGUUUUUUUUUCUCUCGCGAAGGGGGAAGUUAGGUCGUUUUUAAGAAACAGAAGAAGCAACAAUUGCUGCAGUAAUUAUAUUCGUGUUCGGUGCGGUACGCUGUAUAAUGCGUACGCCAGGCAGGCAAAGAAGGGUUCUCUAACUUUUUUUUUGAUUUGUAAGUUCUUAUCUUAGAGACUCGUCGAGACCGAGGGUUCGUCGUUCAUGUUUGUUUCGAUUCGUGUAUGGUGCGUGGCGAACGUGCUGAAGCAAAAGCGGUUAUAUAUGAUAAAUAUGUAUAUGCAACUAAUUCAAACAAUUCAUAAAUUAUACAACUAUACUAAAAACCUUAAAAAAACGGAAACAAAUACCGAAUACUUACCGAUGGAAUACUGAAAUUGAAAGCACGUUUUUUUGAGCGAAUAAUAGCGAAUGGCGAUAAAAAUAGAACACACGUCGAAUAAGCACGGAUUAGCUCACGGGAGUAUUUUUCGCUGAAAAUUUGGUUUAUUAGUUGCAAGAGGUCCACGGGAAUUAACGGGGUUUUCCGUUGAUUUUGUUGUAAUUUGUUUAUUAUUAAUGAUUAGGCAAGUAAUGCAGAUAGGAGUAACUCGAUCUCCUGAAGAUUUCUGAAGCUUCUCAGAAUUCUUUAAAGUUUUAUAAUUUGCUGGGAAGUUUUCCAAACUUCUGGGAAAUUUCCCAAACUUCUGAGAAAUUUUCCAAACUUCCGAAAAGUUUUCCAAACUACCGGGAAGUCUUCCAGUUUUCUGGGAAGUUUUCCAAGUUUCUGGGAAGUUUUCCAAACUCGUGCGUUUUUUUCAAACUUACCGGGAAGUCUUCUAGUUUUCUGGGAAGUUUUCCAAACUUCUGGGAAGUUUUCCAAACUUCUGGGAAGUUUUCCAAACUUCUGGGAAGUUUUCCAAACUUUUGGGAAAUUUUCCAAACUUUUGGAAAGUUUUCUAAACUUCCCGGUAGGUUUUCUAGUUUUCUGGGAAGUUUACAAAACUCGUGGCUUUUUUUCCAAACUUCUGGGAAGGUUUUCAAACUUCUGAGAAGUUUUCCAAAUUUGUGGGAAGUUUUCCAAACUUCUGGCAAGUUUUCCAAACUUCUGGUAAGUUUUCCAAACUUCUGGCAAGUUUUGGGAAGUUUUCCAAAAUUCUGGGAAGUUUUUCAAACUUCUGGGAAGUUUUUCAAACUUCUAGGAAGUUUUUCAAACUUCUGGGAAGUUUUUCAAACUUCUGGGAAGUUUUUCAAACUUCUGGGAAGUUUUUCAAACUUCUGGGAAGUUUUUCAAACUUCUGGGAAGUUUUUCAAACUUCUGGGAAGUUUUUCAAACUUCUGGGAAGUUUUUCAAACUUCUGGGAAAGUCAGAAAAGUCGCCCGGGGGUCAGAAUCAAUUUACCCUCACAAAGGAAACUAGUAGGACUUCCGGAGAAAGUCGGUAGAUACUUCUGGAGAAAGUUGGAAGGUACUUCCGGGAAGGUUUGAAGAAACUUUCGGGGAACAUUGGAAAACAUUCCGGAGAAAGAUGGAAGACUCUUCCAAGGCAAGUUGGAAGAAACUUCGAUGAGGACUCGAAAAAGUCUUCUGGGCUAAGACAGAUGCAUGUUCCGAGGAGAAUAGUUUGCAGGUUACUUCCAUAGGGAGAAGCCAGACGAAACUUCCGGGGGACAUUUGAAGUAAUUUCGGAAGGAAGGAGUCCACAAGUAGUCUCAAGGAUUUAUGGGGAAGUUGGAAGAAAGUUGCAAGAGAAGUCAGAAAAGUUGUCCGGCUGAAGUCAGAAUCAAUUUACGCCUACAGGGGAAACCAGUAGGACUUCUGAAAGAAGUCGAAAGAUAAUUCUAGAGGAAGUCGGAAGAUACUUCCGGGAAGGUUUGAAGAAACUUUCGGAGAACAUUGGAAAAAAUUCCGGAGAUAUAUGGAAGAAUCUAGGCAAGUUGAAAGAAACUUCGCUGAGGACUCGAAAAAGUCUUCCGGGCAAAGUAAUGAAAAUUCCAAGGAAAAUUGGUCGGAAGCCACUUCCUUUGGAAGAAGUCACACAAAACAUCCUGGGAACAUUUGAAGUAAUUUCAGAAGAAAGGAAAAAAAACGAAGGUGAAGUCGGAAGGUACUUCUGGGAGAAAUCAUCUGGAAAAGCCGGAGAAAUCUACCGGGUGAAGAUGACAUACAUUUCCGGAGGAAGUCCGAAGAAACUUCUUGUAACAGUUGGCAUGAAUGUCCGGUGGAAGUCGGAAGAUGCGUCCACAAGAAGUCUCAACGAAUUAUGGGGAAGUCGAAAGAACGUUUCAGGAAAAGUCAGAAAAGUCGUCCGGGCAAAGUCAGAAUCAAAUUACAUUUACAGAGGAAACCAGUAGGGCUUCUGGAAGAUGUCCGGCGAGCAUUGGAAAUAAAUUCCGAAGAAAGUUGAAAACUUUUUGGAGAUGAUCUAAUUUGAAUGAGCCAUCAGCUAUUUUCCCGAAUCCCGGUACUGAGCACUUCAGUUGAGUUGAGUUCAGAGAUCUUCGAUAAUAUGUUCUGAAUAUUUCAAAAAGUCGCCUGAAGCAGGUUUUGAAAACAAGUUUAGUGGAAUUCAAGAAGGAUUCCAGACAAUUCUAACGGUUUCAAUCGGUGAUUUGACCCAAAAGUAAAGUUCAGAGGACAUUCAAAGGCUAGUUCAGAGGUCUUUAAACUUUAGUACUGAGAGUUAAUGUUACAAAUAGCAAGUGCAAAGCAAUUCAAAGGCAUGCUCUGAGCGCGUCAAGGGAAGUUCCGUGGUCCUUACAUUCAAGUUCAUAUGUGCUGUUGUGGCACAUCAAAAAUAUCAAGAAAUUCCAAAAAAUUCUAUUCUACCAUAAAUGCAGUUUCAAAAGCAAGUUCUUGGAAUGUAUAAGGCUAAUCCUGAUACCUUGUGGAUUGCACGAGAGACGACUAGUAAGUCCAGAUGACUUUUAGAGCAAUUAUAGUGCAAAAGGACUUCGAAGACCUUCAUGAGAAAAUCAAGAAAGCACUAUUUUACCGAGAACUUCUAGCUCAAGUUUCAACGUCUGCAGGAAGAGUAGAAAAAAGGCUCUUAGCAUUUCAAGGCGGCAUUUGGAGGGUUUGAACAAACUCUAGAGAACUUCAAAGGGCUAUAAGGGCAAUCUCAGAUAUCUUCAUGGGUCAGUUCAGAACCCAUCACUCUUAGAAAGACUUCUAAAGAACAAAUGCAGAUUUUUGUAUAUUUUUCAUUAAUUUAGAACAAGAAUUCAAUUUCAAAAUCUAAGGACGUUAUGCAACUACUAGCUUGUUAUCAGCAAUAAAUACUCCUAUGUUAAGUUAAAAUGGUAUUAUCAUUAUGCCUAAGUUUGCUAAACCAUUGCAAAAAAAAACAACAACAAUAUCAACUAGCCGAAGAAUGAGACUUCAAUUAAAUAGAAAGUAGAACUAAAGAGGAGUGAAAAGAAGAAGAAGAAGAUAAACCAAGCGACUUUUUUUACUAUAAACGUUUAAAAGAAGAUUUUUCCGACACGAAAUGAGAAGUGAACGAAGUGAAAUGUUAGUUAAACAGCCAGUUACAAUAACCUCGUCGUAGCAUAAUAACCCGCGUUUUCACUCUCGAAAACAAGUAAGUUAAAA